GAUAGAAUUUUUUUCUUCUAGGUGAUCCAGUCCAAUAAAGAUGAAUACAUGCUCAACAAAUGUCGAGAUAAAAUUUGGUUCAUCAUUGAACUGUGUGAGAGCAUUCGACCACAAAAGUUUGAUAUAGCAAACUUUGAGCUGUUCAGCAACCUACCUAAAGACAUUCAGGUGUUUGGAAGUCACAGAUACCCAACAAGAGAUUGGACUAAUCUUAGCCGUGCUGUGGGACAAGAAGGAAACCGUGGAGUUCAGUCAUUUCCUAUUGAAACAGAAGAUUUUUUCAAGUAUAUAAAGGUAGAAGUUUUAAGUCAUUAUGGAUCGGAGUUCUUCUGUCCCAUAUCUCUCUUUCGUAUAUAUGGUUUAUCUGAAUUUGAGGUGAUUGAUACAAUAGAGGACGCAACAGACCAUGAUGAAAAUGAAGAAGCAUUUGGUGAUCCUUUUGAAGAGGAGGAGGCUGUGAAAAAAUCCAAAGAUGAGGGAAAGCCAGGUGUGAUCCCUACUGUACUGAAAAACAUGUUUAGUGGAGUGUUGGAUGUUAUUAAAAGAGGAUAUCGACCCAGCAGCAGUGCCAGUGAACCCGGAGAAUAUUGCUACUCCCUCCAUCCUAAAUUUUCAGUUGAUAAAAGUAGAUGCUCUAUGGCAGAGUCUCUGAACUACAUCCUCUCUUGUUAUUGGGCAGAGUAUGAAGUUCUUAUGCAGAAGCCUGUUGUGUCACGUGCUGUCAAGAAUUCAAGUUUCUGCCGUCAGUUAGCAUCUACCAUGUGCUUGGAACCAGAAGUCAAUGACAGCAUUGUGUAUGAUACUGUAUGCAAUAACAGUUAUGUAUGUGUAAUGUUAUCACCAAAGCAUGUACUGGCAAUGUGUUUUAUGCAUGAUAAUCGCAUUAUGGAUGCAGAAGUGGAGUGUGAUUCUAGCAGCAGUCGUUUAUCUGAGAACUUCUCCACUACAUCUUCAGACAUCAUCUCACCAUCAGAUGACGUGCCCUCUUACGUAAAAAAUGCAAAAAUAAAUACUUCUAGUGUAACAAAGGCAGAUGAACCUGAGACCAACAGGAGUGUAACUCCUGAUUCUCAUGGGACUAAACCUACUCGAGAUGUAGGUGGGCAAGUAACAGUGGAGCAGGAAUUUCAGGAGGUAAAUGAAUCUAUAUCCUUGGCUAGUUCAGAAAGUUCACCCACUGAAAUGCCAAAACCUCCCAAAAAAUCUAAAGUUAGCAGUAAUGGACAUCAGAAUAAGUCCAUUAAAGAAGUGAACCAGGACAAUAUUACUGAGACAGAGGAGAAAGUAGAGGUGGAUGGAUCAAGCUUUGGAGGAAUAGAGCUAGAGGAAGUAGAGUUUUCACAAAGUGAUGAUCUAACCACACCACCACCAGUUCCAGUUGCACAACAACCUGUUGAAUCAAAAAUUUCAUCAACAUCUCCAACCAAUAAGGAGUCUGUGGUUGUUCGUCUCUCUAAUAAGAUAAAGGCUUUGGAGUAUAAUAUGUCAAUAAGUAGUCAGUACUUGGAAGAACUAAGCCGGAGAUACAAGCGUCAGAUGGAGGAGAUGCAAAAGCAGUUCAACUUAACUAUUGCAGCACUUAAUGCUACAUCUUGGCAAGCUUAUCAGCGUGACCAGCAGCACCAGAAGGACAUAGAAACAUUGGAAGAUGAGUUGGCAAGUGUUAGCAGCAUCUUAAAAAAGCUGGUUAAGGAACGUGAAAACUUGGCCCAUACGGUGGUUGAGCAACAUGUAUUGUUGAUGGUGGUGGAGGUGGUGGUCCUAUGUGUAGUGUUCACCUUGUGCAACAGAAGAAACAAUCACAAUAUGAUGAUUAACACUCUAAGAGAGGAGAGGCGAGCACAGAUUCCAAGCCGGGAUCCCUCAGACUCGAGAGUUCGUCAAGAUUCUGACUGUCGUAGUUCUAAUUAUCAAGGCAGAAGUUGUAUGCGAAGACGAUCUGUAGACAGCAUCACUAGAGAGAGAGCGUCUCGCCAGCGCCAACGUCGACCCAGUGAAGAAGCUCUAAAUAUAUCUGGAACAUACCAAGAUUUACUGAUAAUUGAACCUGCCAUUCCGAUCAUGGUUGAUUCUGUCAGUGACCGUAAGAGGAAGAAGAAAUCUAGUAAUGGCACUUUAAAAAGAUCCAAAUCUAAUGCCAGUAUUGUUGAAAAAUCAUCUAGCUCUAGGAGAUCCCGCCGUCUUGAAAAACUCGAUAUAUCAAGUGCUGGAGUUCUGUUUUGUGGUGACAAAGCUAUAGGAAUAGAUGCUAUGCCUCCUAGCUGCUUGUCUUCUCCAGACUUGCCAGAUUUACCAGGAUUUUCAUACGAGCCUUUUGUAAAUGAACAAGAUCAAGCAGUUUUUUAUUCUGGGGAAGAUUAUAACAGCUGUACUGCAAGGUCUUAUAUAACAGAAUUAAGCCUAGACAGGCAGUUUGUGAAUACUGCUUUACCAAGCUGUGAUAGUUUGCAUAAGAAAGGGAUGAAACUUCCAAAGUCCUCAGUGUGUAGUGCACCAGAAAAGUUAAAGAAUGGCGGAGAAAAGGUAAAAAAAAUAAAAAAAGUUAAAAAAUUUAAGAAUACUGUGAAUGAAAACUUGCACAAUGGUUUGUCUCAAAGUUCUGUAGGAAUUUAUGGUCAUGAUUAUUAUCCAAAGACUAAUGGCACAUCAUAUAAUUGCCAAAAUGAACAGCAUGGUGAAUAUUAUUAUGGUCAUACUAGUGUUCACUUUAGUGAUAACAAUCUUACUAGUCAUGAGCUUAAUUGUACUGAAGAUACCCCUUACCCUGAUAACUUCUUAAAUGGUGAUAGUUCUCUUGUAACAAGAGAAUGUGUUGGGAAUGAUUUUAUGCAUACCAGUUAUGAUAAAAGCACAAGUGAAAGAAAGAAAACUUUGUCCAAGACAAAGAUUAAAGUGAAACUUCGGUCAGAUAACUGGGAAUGGUAUUCAACUCAACAUUUUGGGAGCAGUAGCAGUGAAACUAUUAGCACAUGCAGUGAUUCUAGUGGGAAGAACCGAAAAACACAGGCAGAGGAGGAGGCAGGCAGUGUGGAGAAGACUGAAGAGAGGAAAAUAAAGAAAAAGAAGAAGUCCAAAUCAAAGGCUUCUAUUGUUCUUGAAGAGGAAGAAAUUCCAGAAGUUGAUGCAGGUACCUGACCAAUUCACUGCUGUCCACGGUGCCACUGCAUUGUGUUACUUGGAAAGGGGUUAAGUUGGUGAUUAUACACCCUAUAAUGGAAAGCCAAACUGUUUAUAUUAUUAAAAUGUCUUUAGUAUAGCUUUGUAAAAUAUUGAUUUGAAAGAUCACAAGAUAUAUUAUCUAUUUAUGUGUAAAUGCUGAAGUGAUUUUAACCUCUACAUCCUUGGUAACAUGUAUCUCGGUUUCAGAGGCUUAUUGGCCAUUACAAAAUAAUUAUAAAUAUAUCCAUUCCCACUCUUAUUGAAGCACACUAAUGAGUAUUAUGUGGUGAAAAUUAUAAAAAUAUUAGUGUGCUUUAAUUCAGAUCUAAACAUUAAAGUAGUAGUCAAGUAUUUAUUCAGUCUUUUACAGAUGGAAUAAAUAAUUAUUAACAUUGGUUGUUGAAGCUUAAAGUCGGAUCAGUUUAACAUAAAACUUUUGUAAAUAUUAAAAAAGUAUAUGAUAAUCUUUGGAAAAAAUAUGUUGACAGCUAUUUUUAAAGUAUGGGAUCCCUGUUCGUGUUUUGAUCAAAUAUCAUAGAUGUCUGUGCUGAGGAUUGCUACUAUACUGAAAUAUUUUGCUGAAUAUAAUACAUUCAUUAUACAUGUUUAUUUUCUCAUAAGGUAUUGGAAUUUAUAGAUUAGAAAAUUAGAAUUCUUUUACUAGUCAGAUAACGGGAUGUUGUGUACACUAUUCCUAUUAUCGCCAUCUUGAAGUACGUAUCACAAUUUAUUUCUACUGAAUGCUAUCAGUACCAGAGAUGUUAGAGUAAAAUAUUAAAAAUUUCUUGGGCAUCAUUUAGAUAUAUACUGUGCUUCUUAAUAUAGUGUACCAAGUUGAAAGGUUUAGUGUUUAUUUACAGUGGCCCAAGAGUAAUGUUAAACAUCUAAUGGCCUAAGGUCAUUUGCAGGAUGCAAGUUAGGCAGGAUGUCUCUGAUACUAUAAUUUUACGGUAACCUUUUCUUAAGAGGAAUUGCCAAUUAAUGAAAGAUUGCUUGAGCAGUUGUACCUGUACAGUACUUAUGCAAACAAUAGUUGCAUUGACAUUCUUGGCAUUAUCUUCUUCAAUCCUUCAUUGGUAUAAUUGAUUUAGAUUUAUAUUAAAGAUUAACUCAAACAAGAACCGUUCUUAAUCCAGUUAGGAAAAUUAGGCAAGAGUUACAUUGAAUUUUUGUACCUAGAUCAAUUUAUUUGAAAUAUUUCAUACUGUGUGCAUAUGCAUGCAUGGAUGUGUAUAUUUGUCUGCCUGUUCACAAAAUGCAUACAAUAUGCUCUGUUAAUUCAUAGAGUAAGUUCUAGGUUUAGAAGUUAAUUUUCCAACCAUAGAAAAUAGGAAAAGGUAGGCUCUAAGUAUUUCCAGAUAUUGUUGUUAAAACAAAGCUUAUUCCUUUCAAAACUAAUUUGAAAUUGCUGGCUGUGAUAAUAGAGAUCCUGCUGAUAAAAACACAUUUGCAAAUUUUAUUCUGUGUAGCAAACCUUCACAGUGAGAAUUUUCAGCAGUACUGUAUAACCCAUGAGUUUAGUACUUCCUCUAGAAGAUAAUUGAGAAGUCUUGUGUAAAUUGCAGUUUUAAGGUAUUUCCUCUGCGUGGGCCAGUAUUACAAUUUUUAAUAUUAGAUAAGCGGGGGAGAAAUUCUCUUCAAACACAAGAAGUUGGCCCUAAAUUUACAGGCUCUUCCAUUACUGGAGCCAACUGGCCUCUAACAACUUUCACUGUCUAUGACAGUCACCUCUAUCCCACUUUCCUUGCCCAUUCUACACACAUUACACUACCACUUUCCUGCCUCUAGAGGAGGAGGGGGUAACAACAGGACUUUUUCUGAAUCUAAAUCUGUAAGUUCCUUUCAAGGUUAGUACUCAAGUUGAUUAUUCUGAGCCUAUAUGAACAAAAACACCACAUAACUGAUUACAAUACUACCUAACAUCAGCAUCCCAGCCACGAUAACCCAUCCCACAUAUUACUAAUGUUAUACCACCUCCCACAUUUGUCACUAACACACUACUUCUCACAACAAAACCCUACCUCUCGCAAAUCUUGUGUCAUUACCAUUCCUAUUUACUGACCUCUCUAGUUCAUUAUCACUCCCAGCUCACAUCUACUGCUGUAUUAUUAGGAAGUAUGGUAAACCCUCAACUUAAGACUGGAAAUGCAGGACAAAAACUACUGGGUCAGUUAAUUUCAUGACAUGGACAAGUUUAUUGAUUACAGAAUUGUUAGUUACUAUGACAAUGGCACGCUGUAUAGCCCUUGUGGCUUAGCGCUUCUUUUUGAUUAUAAUAAUAAUAUGACUGGCAAAGCAGCCUCAUCUCUAUCAACUACAGUCUGCUCACUCAUUUUCCGUAUUAGUUCAUUAAAUCAAGGGUGUACCGUUAUUGUUAGUUUUACAGUGGAAUAUCCAAGGCUAUGGGGGGUAUUAGGGAGCACUCUAAAUGCUGUUUUUCUGUAUGCAUUUGCUUUCUGACAGCUCUUGCAAAGAAAGCACACUUCUUGUGGGCAAUGAUGUCUUGCAUUUCCUAAAUUUUCAUUUACUAUGCUGUAAUCUAGGUCUGUACAAAUGGCACAUUUCUUUGGAUCCUUCCCCUUUUUUACACUCCUUGACUUUAUGCACUCUGAUUUCAUUCUUACCUAUGCCAUGCCAUUUAUCAGGCAAUUUUAAUUUACUGUGGGGAGGGUUACAUUGUGGCUUGCAGAAGACAGGAUACUCUUUUCUCAAUCCUUUAUUUUGCCAUGUGACCCUAGUGGGUUUAGCACUUAAUUUUAAUAAUAUUCCUUCUCCAUGGGGAAGUGGAACAGAAUUCUUCUUCCAUAAGCCAUGCAUGUCAUAAGAGGCGACUAAAAUUCCAGGAGUAAGGGGCUAGUAACCCCUUCUCCUGUAUAUACAGCCUCUCCUCACUUAGUGACGUACUCUUUUACCGAUGCCUCGGACUUACGACUGGCUCUCUGACCAGUAUUCAUACCUAAAUAAUGUAUAUUAGAGGUGAUUUCCUCUUCUGUUUAUUUCAAUAUACAGUACACUACCGUAUAAACAUUUAAAAAUAUACCAGAUUAUUAUUACAAUCAAGGGGGAAGCGCUAAACCCGGAGGAUUAUACAGCGCCUGGGGGGGUAUGUGGAAGGCAUUCAGGCUUAAUUUGGGGAACUGGAGCAUAGAUCCAAUUCCCUAAAUCAAGAGCCCCUCACCAACAUCAAGGAACCUUCCUUGAGGGGAAAAAUAUACCAGAAAUGUUGUAAAUGGUGCAAAGGUGACAUUAAAAUAAUAUCAAAGAUGGUUGACACACACUACCAGUAUAGUAUGCUCCUUGCUUAGUAAUGAAUUAGUUUAACAACAUGGUCUUAGGAACAGAACUCUUUCGUUAAGUGAGGAGUUUCUGUAUUACUAAAUUUAAAGAGCGAAACUUGAGUUUUUCUUUUUGGGCCACCCUGCCUCAGUGGGAUAUGGCCAUUUUGUUGAAAGAUUUCUUAUUAUUAGAGGAUGUAAUGAAAUAGAACGACUUGGAGAGCAUAUAAAGCUGUAGUGGAAGGAAGGCGGGGUACGGGAUGGCCUAGGAAAGGAUGGAGAGAGGGGGUAAAGGACUUUUUGUGUGAGGGGGGCUUGGACUUGUAGAAGCAUGCAUGAGCAUGUUAGAUAGGAGAGAGUGGAGACAAUUGGUUUUUAUGACGAUGUGCUGUUGGAGUGUGAGCAAAGUAACAUUUAUGAAGGGAUUUGGGGAAACCGCAAGCUGGACUUGAGUCCUGGAGGAAAACAAGUACAGUGCCUGCACUUUGAAGGAGGUGUAGAUGUUGCAGUUUUUGAACUGUAUUGUAGGCACACCUCUGGUAAGACAGUGAUGGAGUGAAUGACGAAAGUGUUUCUUCUUUUUGGGUCACCCUGCCUUGGUGGAAAGACUGGUGUGUUAAUAAAAAAAUAUAUUUCAUGUCUUCAUCACCAUUGUUUCUACACAUGUAGAAUGGCAGACCCAUACCUUCUUGUGUGUAGGUCUAUCUGCUCUUCCUUGGUAGUUCUGUAAUAAAUGAUCUACAUGAUAGCAUUAUUAUUAUAAUAAAAAACCAAGCAUUAAACCCACCAGUCAUACAAUGCUAUAUAUGAUAGCAAUAAUUUCCAUUCCCUCCUUGCUGAUCUUGGUAAUUUGAGUGGGUGAAUUUGGUUAUACAUGCGAUGCUUUUCUUGAACCUACUAAUGCUUCUGCAGAACUAUUACAUCCCUGUGUUUGUGCAGACCCCCCCCCACAGUUUCAUGGGACCACUACUGUAACAUACCCUUUAAUAACUAAACAGGCUUGAGUGCAUGCACAUUGCUUUAUAUGGACAGCUCAAUGAACUUGUUGACAUGUCCACCAUAAAUGCCACUACAGUGGAACUCUGUUUUUGUAUGCUCUAGUAAAUGUAUUUUUUGUUAAUAUUUUUGGGUGUCUGGAACGGAUUAAUUGGAUUUCAUUAUUUCUUAUGGGAAAUAUUGCUUCCGUUUUCAUAUAGUUAGGUUUUUGUCAGACUUUUUUGAACCAAUUUAUCACGAAAACCGAGGUUCCACCAUACCUCCGUGCUCAGUCUGGGGGAAAGGGGUGAUAGUAGCAUACAAGUUCCGC